AUGCCACCACAAGGUCGCAAACGCCAACGGACCGAAACCGAGCCUGAAUCCGACCCGCGACGUUCAUCUACCUCCCCCGACCGACAAUCUUCCCCAGAAAUCAUCGAGCAAGAAGAGUCGCGACCACCCUUCUACAACACCACCUUCUCGACGCACCGUGUCUCCCCUCUGUACGUUGGCAAACAACCGCUCGACCGCGUACGAUUACAGACUCUCUCACAACGACUGCGCGAAAUACUAGUUGGUGAUGUUGUCCGUGGCGUCGAGGUCGGCCUAGGAAGAGCAGACGGAGAGGAUGGCGUGAUGGGAAGAGCUGGGGCGUUAGAGUACGUCGACAUACGAUGGGUUAGCAUGGGCGCCGUACUGGAUAUCACCAGCCCCGAAACAAACGACAGCGAGAACGAGGAUGAAGAUGCCGCACCACGAACAGAACUCGACUGGCCAGCACUUGUGUCCAAUCUCAAAGACAAGAAGGCCCUCCACAUUCUCCUUCGCGACUUCCUCUCCACAACCUUCGACUGCCGCGUCAGCUCCCUCCGUCUCGGCACUCGAAGUCUUGUACAGUCAUGGGAAUCAUGGAUCCGAACAGCUGGAAUACCCGAAAAAGGACCACUAGCCAGGGACGUGGUUCUCAAUAUUGGCUUCUACAUCCCACCGCCCGAACUCAAAGGAACUGGCCCAGACGCCACUCCCGCCGCGGGAGAGAACAAUGAAGGAUCCAGUCAGGAACCGUUGGGGAUAAAGGGUAUUGACAUCAUCAUUCCUGCUGCUGACGUGCGGGGGUUCGUACGGGCCGGGAAGCAGAUGCAGAGCGAUAAGGAGAAGGAGAAGGAAAAGGAAAAGGAAAAAGGGAAGGGCAAAACCAAGGAAAAGCAGGCGUGGGAGAUGGAUAUCAAGAAGCGACGAAAGUUGGCUGGUCGGCUGGGAGAGGAAGGGUGGGAGUGGAGGACUCCUGUUUCUGGAGAUAUCCAGACAGAGGAGUCCCCGUUUACGGAAGCCCUAGGUCGGUAUGUGGACAAGCACCUGGGCUUGAACUUGUUUCAUCCCGGCGUGAGGGUGGCGAAGAUUGCGUGUGGGGGGUUUGUCAUGUCAGAGGGGAGGCUAAAGGUGUUUACGCCGAGGGAGGAGGGAGGAGGACAGAGGCAAAGGGCGGCGGUGUGGAAGUUGGUUUCGGGGUUGGUGGGGAAGGCUGAAGGUGGGAAGGCGUUGGCGUAA